AUGGAUUUACUAAAAAUCUUGGAUGCCAAACCUGAGCCCACCAUUGCAGACGAGCAUUUCAUUGUGAACGAAGAUUACCAACUGUCAAAUGACUACAAGAUACCGACCCCGAUGAGCGACUUCCAAAAAGAACUUACAGACCAGAUCGUGUCCCUCCACUACAGUGACAUACUCAAAUUCUUUGAACGGGUGGACGACACCCAAGAAAAUGACCGCGUGGUGCUAGAUUCUUUGGAAACAAUGCUGCUGAAUACUCAGCUGGUGUGCUCGCAUCCAUACCUUCUGAUCGACCACUAUUUUCCUAAAAGUCUUACUGCAAGAGAUAUCCCCAAAAGACUCUCGGAGACGAGUUGCAAAUUCAAGAUCCUAAGCGAUCUGCUCAAUCUGCUUGAUGGCAUCUACAAUGUGAAAGAUAAACCAAGCUUUGACGUCGCUAUUAUUGCGCGGCCGGGGAAGACACUGGAUCUGAUCGAUGCGCUCUGUCUAGGCCACAAGUGCAACUUUAAACGGUACUCCGGAACCAAGCUCAGGGAAGCAUCCGGAUCAAACAAGAAACACGUCAAUCUGAAUGUGCACCUGUUCCCCUCCGACAUGAAGAAUCUUACUGCCGAAACAACCACCAGAAUGAAAAUCAUCAUUUCUUUCGAUAUCAGCUGUUCUUUGGACCACGACAAGGUUCUAAAACUCAGGAACCGAAGUACAAGAGUCUUACGGCUGGUGCCUAUCAACUCGAUCGAGCACAUUGCACUUUAUUUCCGUGAUUUGGUGGCUACGAGAAACUAUAACGACUAUCUGAAGCCGGUCACGGCAGCUUUGGUGGUUUUGAGAGACAGGGUGGGCCAACUGCCUUCAGAAUUGCGUCCCAUUUACAGCAAGAACUUAGAGUUCCUCACUAACUGGCUGUGCGAUCCAGAGGUGAACAAGUGGCCGCUAAUGGAUAUGACCCCCAUCCCGGUGUAUACCGCCAGCGACGUUGAGAAGUCGCUUUUGACCGAAGUAAAGUUCAAUUUCGACAAUGAUGACUUUCUAAAAGAAGAGGAAACCAAGGAUAACGAGUUGAACUUGAACUUCAAUUUUAACGGCAAGACACAGAUGAUAGGACACAUCAUCCAGCCUAGGUUCAAAAGCAAGAACAACAAGAAAACGGACUUCUACGAGUCGAAGCGUUUAGAAAAGAAAUAUCUCUCAAAUGAGCUCAACUCGGAUAAUAAGCGAGUGACUGGAAUAUCAAAAGAAAUUGCCAUGGACCAGAUACUGACGCAUACGCUGAUGUUUCAGUUCAACCAGACACUUGAGGAUUUUAUUUUGCUCAACAAAGAGCUCGAGUCUUUUGAUCGUUACUAUGACACCCACAACAACGGGAUGCGAGAGAUUUUGUCAACCAAUCAGCAGAUAACGACCGAGUUAGCGGAACAGGAACUUUUGAGCAACGAGCGCAGCAAGAAGGUCACCGAGUUGAACGAGCAGAUAAGCAAAUUGAAAAAUUCAAUCACAGAAAAACAAUCCGAAAUUGAUAAGAUCAUUUCUGAAGAAGUUCCAAAGGCAGUAGGUGCUCAAAAGUGGCUGACAGCUGACACACAGAUUCGGAGCCUGAAGGAGGAGAUAGAAAAACUGCGCUCGAAAAUUGCGUCCGCUGGUUCUGAACGCAAAUAUAUGCUUAUUGAGCGUGAUCGGGCAAUCCAAUCGAUGGAAGAUUCUGUGCGGGAAACGGAGGAGAAACAGAAACAGAUAGACGAGCUGAGGCAGAGAAUAGAGGCUCUCAAAUUAGAGAGCGAUGUCGAUGUACUGCAGGACCUGGAGCGAUCAAGAAGAGCUUACGAAAAGACGCUAGAGACCAACGAGAACCUGACAGCAGCAAUGGAGACCGCAUUCCGAAAGGUGACCGGCUCUGAGAGCAGGUCACGCUAUGUAAACUACUCUAGAAACGGGCUGCUUUCUAAGCGAAAUGCCAGUCCCACUGUGUAA